GAAAUCGCAAACUUGUAAUUCACACAAUCUAGAUAACAGAAUUCACAGAUUCAGUCCCUCUUCUUCUUGCAUCAAGCUUUUCAAAAUGUCACCACUUGCCACUGUCGGUAUAAUCUCCAUCGGAGAAAUGGGUAUGGGUGUUGCAAAGUUGCUCAUUGCCCAUAAUUAUCGUGUUGUGACGAACAUUGAGGGUCGAAGCCAAGAUACCCAUGAUCGCGCCCAAAAAUCCAAAAUCGAACUUCUACCUACAGACACAUCCCUAGUUUCGCAGUCGGACUACAUUCUCUCGAUUGUUCCACCUCGUGAUGCACUACCACUGGCAAUUCGGAUCACCACCGCCUUUAACUCUCUCUCGCCACCGAAAUCCUCCCCCCUCUUUUAUCUCGACCUAAACGCCAUAGCUCCUGCUACUGCUCGCUCAGUCGCUUCUCAUAUUAGUACCACAUCACCAUCCAUCAAAUUUAUCGAUGGUGGAAUCAUUGGUGGUGCACCCAAACUCAAAAAUGAUACCACUACUCCUAAUACCACGGCAUCCAUUGAUCCAGACCUAGAGCAUGCUUGGAGCCGCCCUUCAAUCCCCAUUUCUGGACCUCAUGAACUUUCUAAAGCUCCUAUAUCUGGUGCCCAUCUAGCAGAUCUUUUGAAUACCAAUUAUCUAGGCGAAGAAAUCGGCAAGGCAUCAGGUCUUAAAUGUUGUUUCGCUAGUACUACGAAAGGAUUCACAGCCUUAUGUAUCCAAGCAUUCACAUCUGCUCAAAGACUGGGCGUCUUGGGAGAAUUGGAGAAAGAAAUGAGUGAAAGAGUACCUGGAUUAUGGAAGUCUGUGAAUGGAGGAAUCACAGGUAUGCCACCAAAAGCCUAUAGAUGGGUACGAGAAAUGGAGGAAAUCGGAAUUUGUCACGGGGAAACAGGAUUCUCAGGUGGAGAGUCCACCGAUGGAAAAGGAGAGGAAGGAAAAGGUAUCUUUGGAGAAAUUGCCGACGUUUACCGAAGUGUCGCAGACGAAACAGUGCUUGGAGAGGAGAAAACCGAAAAGAGAAAAAGAGGAAAGACGGUAGAAGAUGUCGCUCAAUGUAUGACCGAGGGGCUAACAAGCAAGAGAGCAAAGAAGGAAUAGGUUCAUUUACUCCUAUUAAGAACUCUAUUUCCCUCGACUUGGAUUCGGUUUCAUCUCGUCUCAUCCCGUGCAUUGAAUUUGCAGAGUAAGAUUUAGAGUGAAGGAAUAGACGGCACGUAGAAUAUUAGAAGGGAUUACAAUCCUUCGCGGAAAUCCAUCGAUACAACGUUAGAUAACAAGUACAGUACCUAUACAUAGCCGAUUAGAGACAAAUGUAAUUACAUUACUUAAGAACACCUUUUUAUUCAGCAUUCAUCCGAAAUGAUACAUUAGUCA